AAGGGAAGUGGGUUUGAGGUUUCAAACAAUGUGGUAAAGUCUUGGUUGCCGACGCUGUCGGGAGAGGUGGUGCCGAUGAGAUUGACGGAUGUGAAUCGGGGGAUUAAUCAGCUUAAUUGGCGAAUUCCAUUGUCUGGACUAUUUGGAUCUGAAGUUGCUAGAGUGCUUGGUGGUGGUCUUGUUCCAGGUUGUUUGGUUUUGGUUGGUGGUGAUCCUGGUGUUGGCAAGAGUACAUUGUUGUUGCAGAUUGCUGCAAUAAUAGCAGAAGGGCGUGAUUUUGGUGCACCAACUCCGGUUGUUUAUGUUUCUGGUGAAGAGAGUGUUGAACAAAUUGGAAACAGAGCUGAUCGACUGAGGAUUGGAACAGAAGAACUUUUCUUAUAUUCAAGUACUGAUAUUGAGGACAUAUUGGGGAAAAUUUUUCUUCUCUCCCCUCGGGUUUUAAUUGUUGAUUCCAUUCAAACAGUUUAUCUGAAAGGAGUGACUGGAAGCCCUGGAGGAAUUUUCCAGGUGAAAGAAUGCACAUCAGCAUUGCUGCGUUUUGCGAAGAAGACAAACAUUCCUGUUCUUUUGUUUCCUGGAAUUUCCUAUUCCCAAUAGUGUGGCAUUCAUUGGAGAAAUUGGCCUUGGUGGCGAGCUUCGCCCAGUAUCAAGAAUGGAGAAGCGGUUGAAUACAGUGGUGAAGCUAGGAUACAAAAAGUGUAUUGUCCCCAAAUCAACUGAGAAACCUCUUGCAGCUAUUGGCACUGAGGGGACAGCAAUCUUGGGAUGCAGGAAUUUGAAAGAGAUGAUCAAUACUGUGUUUACAGCGAACAGAUUGAUAUGAAGCAGGAGAUCUAUUUACCACCUUUGUCAUAAAUUAUGUACAAAUAUUGUGCUGAUAUUCAUAUAUUGGAUGUAAAUAGUGAACUUUUUUGUAUUCUGGUUUUUGAGCCGGCAUUUCUGUUUCCAUUUUUGUUAGCUAAAUGCAAAAUUUAAGAGGAUCAACUCACUACGCAUCGUUAGUGUAAAAGAAUGGGUGGCAUGUUUUGAGAAGAGGAACAAGAAGGUUAUUAAGGAUCCUGAUUGGUAUUGUUUU